CCCUAUUUAAGAUGAUUUAGAGAACACGUUUUUCAUCCAGAGAAACACUUUCUUAUCCAUUGCCAUUUAUAUACUCUUGAAUAAAACAUAUUUCCUAAGCAAUGGCACUGCCGCCGCCACCUUUUACAUUCGCAGUUCGGCGUAGCCCGCCAGAACUGAUUGUGCCGGCUAGACCAACACCUCGUGAACUAAAGAAAGUUUCAGAUAUAGAUGAUCAAGAAGGCCUACGUUUUCAGAUCUCAUUCGUAAUGUUUUACCGUAGCCUUCCAUCUAUGAAAGGGAGGGACCCUGUUGAGAUCAUCAGAAAAGCAUUAAGUGAAGCUCUAGUGUUUUACUACCCAUUUGCAGGUAGACUUAUAGAAGGGCCUAACAGGAAACUUAUAGUUGAUUGCAAUGGAGAAGGGAUCUUGUUUAUUGAAGCUGAUGCUGAUAUUACGAUUGAACAACUGGGUGACUCCAUGCAACCUCCGUGUCCUUGCAUUGAAGAACUUCUAUAUGAUGUUCCUGGCUCUUCAGGUAUCAUCGGGUGUCCUUUGUUGCUGAUUCAGAUUACCCGCUUGGCAUGCGGAGGAUUUGUCUUUGCAGUGCGUUUAAACCAUGUAAUGAGUGACUCGGUUGGAUUGGCAAAAUUCUUCAAAGCAACUGGGGAAAUUGCAAAAGGAGCAUGCAUGCCAUCCCUUUUCCCUGUUUGGCAAAGAGAAAUCUUAUCUGCACGAAACCCGCCUCAAGUGACUCAUAAACUUGAAGAAUAUGAGGAAAUAAAGCACACUGACGACAAAAGCAUACUGACUUUGGACAGUCCAGACAUGGUCCAACGUGCUUUCUUUUUUGGCCCUAAAGAAAUGAGAUCUCUGAGAAGGCAACUGCCUUCUCACCUUCGCAAUUGCUCAAGCUUUGAAAUGCUGGCUGCAUGUUUAUGGAGAUGUCGCACAAUCGCAUUUGAUAUUCCUCCUAAUGAAGUUGUUCGACUAUCAUGUAUCAUGAAUGUUCGUGGCAAGAAAGGCCUGCAAUUACCGGAUGGAUACUGUGGCAACUCUUUUAUCUUCCCUGCGGUUCUUUCAAGGGCUGAACACUUGUGUAAAAAUCCAUUAGGGUAUGCAGUUGAGUUAGUAAGGAAAUCAAAAAGCAAAAUGAGUGAAGAAUACAUAAGGUCGACGAUUGAUCUGAUGGAGAUAAAGGGGCGACCACACUAUGUUACAGCUUGGAACUUGCUUCUUGUUGAUAUGAGUCAUGUUGGUCUUGCAGAUGUUGAUUUUGGAUGGGGAAACCCAGUUUAUUUUGGACCAACUGGCUCAUUCCCAAAUAUAAGUAUGUUUUCUCGCUUCAAAAAUAGUAAAGGUGAGAAUGGUUUUGUGGUUCCGAUGUGGUUGCCGAGAACAGUCAUGGAAAAGUUUCAAGAUGAAUUCUUGAAAAUGACUGAGGAGUCUGCAGAGAAUCUGAAUGAUGCCAGGAGGCAGAGAAUUAUUUCAACGCUUUAAAAGUACUAGAUGCCCCCUUUACAUAUUUUAUUAGAUUGCCCUCUGUACAUGUUAUCCUCUAUGUACUUGUCUUGUUUGCUCGAGCAAAUACAUGCCAUGCAUAAUCAAGUCAAAUUCACAGCUGCACA